AUGAGAAGACGAAAUAUAGAUGUUUUAGAUUCAGAAGAUCCUAUUGAAACAUUGGACCAAGAUUUACUUAUAGAAGUACUACACAAAGAUGAAUUGAAAAAGUUUCACCUCUACAAAAAAUACUUGAUUAUAUUCUUUCUCAUGCAAACGCCAUUCACUGUAUAUUGGAAACAGCUAAGAAAGGUAUUCCCAGUGUUGUGCUUGUUGAGUCUACUAUCUAUAAUUUUAACGGUGAGUACACUUCACUUCGAUUUUAAUGAAUUGAGGAGGAACGUCUCUCAGGCAACAAAGACAGAAAUCUUUGCGAAAUUAAUCAACAAAGGGGUGUUCCAAAUUGUGAAUGCACUUAUCUGUUUCAGAAUAUGUAUUUCUAUUUUAAAAAGUGAUCUAGUGUGGCGUGUAUUUUUCUUGUUGCCAGUUGUGGACUUUUUUAUUUGCUUAUUUUUGAAUCAUUGGCACGAUGCCUCAUUAAACGAAAUCAAGAAAUUGAAUGCUUUGAAAUACAAAUACAAGGUCAGUUGA